GUCUCAUUCAAACCCAACAAAUCUUUGAAGCUUUUUCCCGCCUGAAUACAGGCGCAAAGAGAAGGAAAAACACUGAUGUUUAUCCUCUUUCUCAUUCGCCUCGGAUCUCUACGUUGGAUUCAAAAGCCUUCACUUCCUUCUUCACGACACAUUCACACUCGCGCUCUCUCACCCCACAAAGAAAACCCCAUAAAUUGGAACACAAACCACUCUUUUGUUCUCUCAAAUCCUUUCCUCUCUCUUCUGGAAAAAUGCAAAUCCAUCUCCCAGCUGAAGCAAAUCCAGUCCCAAAUGGUCCUAACAGGGCUAAUCGAAGAUGGGUUUGCCUCCAGUAGGUUGAUCGCUUUUUGUGCUAUCUCAGAAUGGCGAGAUCUUGAUUACUGUACUAACAUUUUGUUUAAUACCCGAAACCCUAAUACGUUUUCUUGGAAUGUGGCUAUUAGAGGGUUUUUGGACAGCGAGAACCCGCGAGAAGCUGUUGUAUUGUAUAAGAGAGUGUUGCAAUGUGAUGGGACUAAGCCUGAUAAUUACACCUACCCUUUGUUGUUUAAGGCUUGUGCGAGGUUGUCGUUGAUUCGGAUGGGAAGUGAGAUUCUUGGGCAUGUGUUGCAUUUGGGUUUUGAUUCGGAUAUAUUUGUAUCUAAUGCGGUGAUUCACUUGUUGGUGUCGUGUGGGGAUCUAGACGGUGCACGGAAAAUGUUUGAUAAAAGUUGUGUAAGGGAUUUGGUUUCUUGGAAUUCAAUGAUAAAUGGGUAUGUUCGGAGAGGGUGGGCGUAUGAGGCAUUAAAUUUUUAUAGGGAAAUGAAGGUGGAGGGAAUUAAGCCAGAUGAGGUUACAAUGAUUGGGGUUGUUUCCUCAUGUGCCCAGUUGGAGGAUUUGGAUCUUGGAAGAGAGUCACAUUGUUAUAUUGAAGAAAAUGGAUUGAAACUUACAGUUCCACUUGCUAAUGCGCUUAUGGACAUGUACAUGAAGUGUGGGAAUUUAGAGUCAGCACGAAAGUUAUUUGAUAGCAUGACAAACAAAACCAUGGUCUCGUGGACUACAAUGGUUGUGGGCUAUGCCCAGUCUGGCCUUCUGGAUAUGGCAUGGAAGCUUUUUGAUGAGAUGCCGGACAAAGAUGUGGUACCUUGGAAUGCCAUGAUUGGUGGUUAUGUUCAUGCCAACCGUGGUAAGGAGGCUUUGGCUUUGUUUAAUGAAAUGCAAGCCAUGAAUAUAAAUCCUGAUGAGGUAACCAUGGUUAGCUGCUUAAGUGCAUGCUCACAACUUGGAGCUCUUGAUGUUGGAAUAUGGAUUCACCAUUAUAUUGAAAAACAUGAACUUUCUCUAAAUGUGGCAUUGGGGACUGCCCUAAUUGACAUGUAUGCCAAAUGUGGGAAGAUCACUAAGGCUAUUCAGGUUUUCCAAGAGCUUCCUGGAAGAAAUUCUUUGACUUGGACAGCCAUUAUUAGUGGUUUAGCCCUUCAUGGGAAUGCACAUGGUGCCAUAGCUUACUUCUCGGAGAUGAUUGAUAAUAGUGUGAUGCCAGAUGAGGUCACCUUCCUUGGCUUAUUAUCAGCUUGUUGUCAUGGAGGUUUGGUUGAAGAGGGUCGUAAGUAUUUUUCUCAAAUGAGCUCCAAAUUUAAUCUUUCCCCCAAGCUUAAACACUAUUCUUGCAUGGUGGAUCUUCUAGGAAGGGCUGGUCUUUUAGAGGAGGCAGAAGAACUGAUUAAGAGUAUGCCAAUAGAGGCAGAUGCUGUUGUGUGGGGUGCACUGUUUUUUGCAUGUCGAAUUCAUGGGAAUGUUUUGAUGGGAGAACGAGCAGCUUCUAAACUUCUUCAAAUGGAUCCUCAUGACAGUGGAAUUUAUGUUUUGCUUGCAAAUAUGUAUGGAGAAGCAGAAAUGUGGAAGGAGGCCGGGAAGGCGAGGAAGCUGAUGAGGCAGAGAGGAGUGGAGAAGACUCCUGGUUGUAGUUCAAUUGAGGUGAAUGGUAUUGUUUAUGAGUUCAUUGUUAGAGACAAAUCACACCCUCAAUCUGAACAGAUCUACGAAUUUGAUUCAGUUAACAAGACAGUUGGAGCUUGUUGAGUGUACUCCGGUUUUUCCUAUAUUUGGAGAUAACUCUCUCUUUGGUUCUGACUUUGGCAGAUGCAUUUGAAUUUGCAGGGUUUCAAUGGCAAGACAUGAUAGCUUAUUCGUUUUCACACCCGAGUGUCAUCCAGAGGUAUCUGGCAGAUGCAUCUUAGUUUCUGCCUUUCCCUGGAUGUUUAACCUCACAGCUGCUGCUGCUGUGACUGCUAAAAGCCCGCCCUCCAUAUAAGGCACUUUGCAUAUAGACCUCUUUGGAGAAAGGCUUUGUUAGCCCUGCCUUUGGGUUUCUUAUGGCUGGAGUUUCUAUCAUGGUGUUCAAACGGCUGCGGCUCUGAUUGAGGAUAUGAAGCUUUCAUUCCACAUCCAGGAUGAGAUGUGCCUUGAAGCAUGCGAUAGAAUUGGAAAUCGUUUAAACUGAACGAACUAAAUGCAAAGGGGUUUUUCCGAUGUCUGUAGUCAACAUGGAUAAUUUUAUCUUUUGACACUCCACUCAGGCCAUAAAUAUCGAAGUUAAGAGGUGGGUCAAUUUAAAAAUGACUGCAGCUUUGGAUGGCUAAUGGAAAUUAUUUUCUGUUAAGUUGAAAUUAGUUGGUGGUACUGCUACUUCUUCCCCAAUCUUUAUUCAUACCUGGACUGUAUGUGCACAUCCAUCUGGUAGACAAUGCAGAGGCUGCAAAGGAGGGAGGAGAGAGGCAAUCCUAGCACUGGAUUUUUUCUAGAUUUCUUCAACAUCGUCUAAAGAUAAAUAAUGCCUCUUAACGAUAUCUUCUAGGUAUGUUUCACCAUUGAUUUCUUCAUCAUCUAUGCCUUCUUCUUCCCUCCAACACUAGCACUGGAUUUUAUUUUAUUUAAUUGUUUUCUAGAUUUUAAGAGAUCUUUUGUUUUCUAAAGCAUAAUUCUUAUGUUCUUUCUCA